AUGGCUGAAGUUGCAGAAGAGAAAAAAGCCGACGCCGAUUCGAAGCGUGUUCAUACCUAUCCUUUAAUUAGGCAUUCAGACAUGAUCGAUGAAAUGAAGAAUGAAGCUAUGGAACUGUGUGUGACAGCCUGUGAAAAAUUUGCUGCAAAUAAUGAGAGUGCAGCAAAGAUGAUCAAAGAAACCAUGGAUAAAAAGUUUGGGGCCUCCUGGCAUGCUGUUAUUGGUGAAGGUUAUGGUUUCGAGAUUACCCAUGAAGUGAAGAACCUUCUGUAUAUGUUUUUUGGUGGAAAUAUGGCCAUAAUCUUGUGGAAGUGCUCAUGA